AUGGAAGAGGGUUGUAAGCUGUAUGGGAAUCUCGGGGUAGCUGAUCUCCCCCCCAUAACAGCAGGCAUCCUUCGUGCUAAUUGUCAAAUGGGCACUCAGUACAAAGUGGAGAAGACUGGCAGAAGUUCAUACCAUGUGAGCCGUGACACUGGAGCCAAGGAGGAGCGUGUGGUGGUAUUGGAGGUUGCAAAGCCAGAGGAGGCGCAGUGCACGUGUAAUUACCAGAGGGAUGUACUGUGCGAGCCUAGGAGGCAACCUCGUGAACAUGAGCAACCACAAACUGGGGUGGGGGUGGUGGACGGUAGCGCGACUCACGCGGGGGAUGGUGGUGAGAAUGAAGGUGUUGAGGUAUCGGACGAGGAGGAGGACGGGAGUUCGGAGUCGGAGGGGGAGGGAGAAGAGCAGCCGGUAGAUGCGGGUGCUGGUGUCCAACAGGCUGUCCCAACAGUACUCCGUGAAGUUUUUGGCGAGGCAUUUAACGGGCUCAACACCUCAGGAACCAACAGAAACUUGCGCCCGGGGGGUGUGGGGUUAUCAAAUCCAACAGCGGCUGAGAGUGGGGGAUGCGGGGAGAGCGGAAGAGUAUCCGAGAGUGGAGGAUUGGGGGAGUGGGAAGGAGGAUACGCGAGCGGGGCAGAGAGGGGAGGAGCAUCAGCGGGUGGGGAAUGGAGGAGAGGAGCAGCCGAGAGUGGGGCGGGGAGGGCAGGAGCAGAGAGUGGGGCGGGGAGGGCAGGAGCAGAGAGUGGGGCGGGGAGGGCAGGAGCAGAGAGUGGGGCAUGGAGGGCAGGAGCAGAGAGUGGGGCAUGGAGGGCAGGAGCAGAGAGUGGGGCAUGGAGGGCAGGAGCAGAGAGUGGGGCAUGGAGGGCAGGAGCAGAGAGUGGGGCAUGGAGGGCAGGAGCAGCCGAGAUCGGGACAGGGAGGGGAGCAGCCGAGAUCGGGACAGGGAGGGGAGCAGCCGAGAUCGAGAAAGGGGGAGGAGCAGCCGGGAGCGGGGCAGGGAGGGGAGGAGCAGCAGGGAGCGGGGCAGGGAGGGGAGGAGUACCAGGGAGCGGGGGGGGAAGGGGAGGAGUAGCAGGGAGCGGGGGGGGAAGGGGAGGAGUAGCAGGGAGCGGGGCAGGGAGGGGAGGAGUAGCAGGGAGCGGGGCAGGGAGGGAAGGAGCAGCAGGGAGCGGGGCAGGGAGGGGAGGAGUACCAGGGAGCGGGGGGGAGAGGGAAGUAGCAGUGAGCGGGGCGAGGAGGGCAGGAGCAACAGGGAGCAGGGCGGGGAGGGGAGGAGCAUCAGGGAGUGGGGCAGGGAGGGGAGUCGAGAGUGCGGCAGGGAGGGGAGCUGCAGGGAGCGGGUCAGGGAGGGAAGGUGCUGUAGGGAGCGGUGGAGUGGCGGGUGAGAUGGAAAUUGACCACAACGAUCCCACCCCUGGUGAUGCCUCGCAUAACAAUGGUGACAAUGUGGUUCGUUUUAGACUGAGGCGGCUGCAACACGUUCGUCAGCAAAGACAAGUGGCGCCAGAACCAAAAAAUAUGGAUCAGAGGCCAGCGGAUGUGGUGGCGGAAGGGAUGGGGGCGGACUCAGAGGCAACGGGCCAUACAAACCAGUCCCCAGUACCUGCGCAAAUCACAUCGCUUCCUCCACAAACUGUAGUCGCCCCUGAGGCCCUUCACAAGUUUCCGUACGAGGAGCUGGUACGGAAGGUCGCCCCUGAGGCCCUUCACAAGUUUCCGUACGAGGAGCUGGUACGGAAGGUCGCCCCUGAGGCCCUUCACAAGUUUCCGUACGAGGAGCUGGUACGGAAGGUUGCCCCUGAGGCCCUCCAAAAGGAGCUGGAGCGGAACUUCCGCUACUGGACCAGCCAGUCGACAAG